ACUAAAAACAUCCCAGAAACUCAACAAUCCAAAUCUGUCACAUGAAAGCAUGAAAAUCAAUCCCACCUUGGAGGAAAAGCCAGGAUCAGAGCAGAGAGGACAGGCUGAUCAAUGAGGCAGAGACACAGCACAGGCAACGUGGUGCCACCAGCCCUGGGAGUACUUACUGUAUGAUAAAAGUCACCUUCAGAGCUGAGCCAACCUUAUCCCAGAGCCACCUACCUGUAGGUGAUCUGCCAUAGGAAUCAGGAGGGAUCUGCAGCAAAGGACACCGAUCCAACAGGGUGGAAGGAGAAGAGAUCUGAUACAAGUGAUCAACAGAUUAUCUAGGAGAAGCAGAAGGAACCCAUCGAUCUACUGCAAGUGAUCCAACAAGAGUUCUUCUGCAAGAGUUAGGAGGACCUACUGCCAAGGAAUUGGGUCGCAGAGGUGACCUGCAUGAUGCAAAGGAUCCAGUAGGUGACCUUCAAGAACCAGAAGGGAUCUCAUGCAAAGGAUCCAGAAGGUGACCUACACGAACCAGAGGGGUCUCAUGCAAAGGAUCCAGUAGGUGACACUUAAGAACUAAAGGGAUCUCAUACAAACGUUCCAGUAGGUGACCCAUAAGAACUAAAGGGAUCUCAUGCAAAGGAUCCAGUAGGUGACCCAUAAGAACUAAAGGGAUCUCAUGCAAAGGAUCCAGUAGGUGACCAUUAAUAACUAAAGGGAUCUCAUACAAACGUUCCAGUAGGUGACCCAUAAGAACUAAAGGGAUCUCAUGCAAAGGAUCCAGUAGGUGACCCAUAAGAAGAACUAACGGGAUCUCGUGCAAAGCAUCCAGUAGGUGACCCAUAAGAACUAAAGGGAUCUCAUACAAAGGUUCCAAACUAAAUAGGUGACCUACGAGAAUCACAAGAAAGCCAGAGAAAAAGAUCCAGCUGAAUCAAGUGACCUGCAAGAAUAUUAAAAAAUCUAGUGCAAGCAAACCAGGUCCGAUAGGUGAUCUGCGACAAUCAAGAGAUCUCAAGCAAAGGAUCGGAAGGAUCAGAAGAAAUCAAAUCCAAAGGAUCUGCAUCCGAUAGGGGGAUCUACAAUUAAAAGAGACUGAAAAGGUGAUCUGAAUUGUCAGAAGGAAUCAUAUGUAAGGGAUCUGAUAGGUGAUCUGCGACAAUCAAGUAGGGAUCCGAGUCAAAUAGGAGAUCUACAGUCAUCAGGAGGAAGCCAAUGCAAAGGAUCCAGAUUGAAUAAAAAGAAAUCGAAUGCAAAAUCUUAUUCAAGGGAUCAGGAUCCGACAGGGAUCGAUAGGAUAAAUCGGUGAUCUUCAGGAAACAGAAGGAAUCUACAGCAAGGGAUCCAGACUGAGCAGGUUAUUUGCAAGAAUCAGAAGGAAUCUCAUUCAAGGGAUCCGGACUAAGUAGGCGAUCUUCAGGAAUCUCAUUGAAGGGAUCUAGAGCCGACACUGAGACAAUCAUAGGGGAAAGGAUCCGGGCUGUAUAGGCGAUCUGCAGGAUUUGGGACUCCAAUGCAAAGGAUCCGGGUUGUCUACUAAGCCGAUCUGUGUGAUUCAAAAGUAAUCUCAUACAAGGGAUCCGGAGCGAAUAGACAAUCUGUAGUAAUCAGAAGGAAUCCACAGGAGAGAUCCAUGCGGCAGCGAUCCUCGGUGUGACUCCCAGCAGUAGCCGCUCUCCUCUCCCGUGUGAUCUGAGCGCUCCGCCUCCAGCCCGGUACACCGGCCGAUCCCCCUCUGCCCGUCCGACUCCCGAACCCGGACAGGUCUGCCCAGCGACCUCCCAGCGCAGGACCUUCACCCAGCUGGCAGGAACAGAGCAGGGGCCAAUGUGUGAGAGAGGGGCCCGGAGGAUCUGCCUGUGCCUGGGCUGCCUCUUGCUGCUCCUGCCCCUGGGACUGGCCUGGACCUACAGAGAGGAGGUGGAGAGUGACAGGGAAGUUUGUUCGGAGAAUAAGAUUACCACCACAAAGUACCCGUGCCUGAAGACUACGGGAGAGCUGACGACAUGCUUUCGGAAGAGCUGUUGCAAAGGAUAUAAAUUUGUCCUUGGACAAUGCAUUCCAGAAGAUUAUGACGUGUGCUCGGAAGCCCCAUGUGAACAGCAAUGUACAGAUAAUUUUGGUCGCGUUCUCUGCACUUGUUAUCCUGGUUACCAGUAUGACCGUGAGAGACACAAGAACAGAGAGAAGCCAUAUUGCCUAGAUAUUGAUGAAUGCACUCUGAAGAAUGAGACGGUGUGCUCUCACAUCUGUAUCAAUACCCCAGGAAGUUAUAGGUGUGACUGUCACGAAGGCUACUCCCUGGAGGAGGAUGGGAAAAUGUGCACCAAGGGAAAUCAAGAAUUUGAGAAAUUCAACAAUGUGUUGAAACCGGGAAUCUGUUCAGACACAUGCAAGGAAUUUCACCAAAUAAAACAGACCGUCUUACAGCUCAAGCAGAAGCUGGCGUUGUUACCGAACAGCGUGUCUGAAUCCAGCAAACAAAUCACAGCUGACAAGGUACUGGCUUCCACCAUGUAUGUUCAAGGACCACCAGGGUUACCAGGAGCACAAGGACCCCAAGGAUUACUAGGUCCAAAAGGAAGUGCUGGCCAACCAGGUCUCCCUGGCCCUCCCGGUCCCCCCGGCCCACGGGGAUUUAUGGGCCCAAUGGGACCAUCUCCUGAGAUUUCACAUGUCAAACAAGGAAGAAGAGGUCCCGUGGGUCCAUCUGGAGCAGCUGGGAAAGAUGGAUUAAAGGGUGAAAGAGGAGCUCCAGGACCAAGAGGACUUCCGGGGCCACCAGGAUCCUUUGACUUCUUGUUACUCAUGAUGGCCGACAUACGGAAUGAUAUAGCGGAACUGCAGGACAAGGUCUUUGGGCGCCGCACGCAUUCCUCUGCAGAAGAAUUUCCCAUACCUCAGGAGUUUUCCAACCAUCAUGACACAAUGGACUUUGGCUCAGGAGAGGACUACAAACAAAGAACUGUGUCCAAGAAUCUGCGAACAGACAAAACAAACCACCAUUAACCCAUCAUGCGCCAGGAUGAAAAUAAUUUUAUAUUGUUUCUCAAUGUAUAAAACAAUGCACUGAUAAUGUAAA